AUGGAUCAUGCGCGCUGUCCACUACCUGCUCGCGUAUGUGUUUUGUGCGUAAGUAUCCGGACGGGACUCGCGGCCCCAGGCAUAAACUGCAUCUCUCCCUCCCUUCCUCAAAGGGGCGCCUGCUUUCCCUUUAUUUUGUUACCGUAUCGACAACGGCAAAAUCGGCCAGUGUGCACCACUUGACCUCUCACUACUCCCUCUGUCCCUUGUGUCCCUCUCUGUUCUUGUGAAGGCGCCAGUGACUCCAACUCAUCACCUUCGCUCUCUGCGUGUGCGCACGUGCCCAUCCAUUUUGUUUUUAGCUUCUCAUCCUGCCACCGCAGUGUUUCCACACACACACACACACACGCACACAGACACACAACGCCCGCUCAAAGAUUCGGAAGCGCCCUCUACACACGAGGGCAUUCGUCUCCUUGCCCCGGUGCACCGCAUGGACAACUACUCGGCGACCGGCUUCGAUGGCUACGCGGUGAAGGGAAGCUUAUUUUCUAGUCAGACUACGCCACGUAUGGCGCGGGACUCUACCUCGCCUUCAUCUUGUGCGGGCCCACGUUGAACUCCAAGUACCAGUACGGCGGCAACAAAGCCCAGCGUGGCAGCGUGAAAGUCGGUGUGGAUGCGCUACCCGUAGAUUUUCUCGAACCUUCCGCUCCCUAUCUCCUCUUGUUACGGCUCGUUGAACGUCACGCCAACUGUGAUCUACAGAAUACGCAAGCACGCCCGCUUCAAAACCCUCUACGGGCUGCACAAGUACUUCGCGGGCCUCAUCGCCAUAGAAAUCUGCCUGUUCGCUUUCUCCAAGAACCCCGAGCGUAUUGACGGCAUCUUCAUUGUGCUCCGGGGUCGUCGAAACCUGCCGUUUCUGCGGUGGAUCUAUCACGUCACGACUUUCCUGUGCUGCUCGCACGCCUAAGCCGUCGGCAGCAGCGUGCUGAGCUACGCCGCGGCGCUCUACUACUCGGUGCACACCGCCGUGCACCUAGGCGUGGCCGAGGGUGCGGUUCGAGAACAUGGCGUGCCCGUUCCCGAUGUAGAUCACGCCGAUCCAGACUGCGCAAGUGGUAACUAAUCGUGUGCAGCUGCUCCUCGUCGUCGCGAACCUCUUCCUCUUUUCCCACAUGUUCUCAUAUGUGCACAAGAAGUCGCGCUUCGAUGGCUCCAAAAAAGAAGGUGAGCUAAUAUAAGCCAGGCCGAAGGACGUCCGCAGGGGCAGUGGCCACACGGGCACAUGUGCGCACAGGAAGCUUGAUGUGUGAGAACGCCCACGAGAAGGGGAGACAAAGAGAGAAAUGAGAGAGGUAGCCGGGAUGCCAUGAGCCGUGGGUGUUUGAAGAAGAGUCUCCCCUCACCCCCCCCGGGCGUGUGGGGGCGGGUGCAGCUGAGUGGAGUAGAAUGAGAGAGGAGGUAGCGCGUCGCGUUCGCACCGCGGCGGUGACGCGUCGAGGCACCGUGUCUCGCUCGCUCGCUCCUGCACAUGCGCAUACACGCAGGUGCAGAGGCUUUCACACACAGACCAGCUCGCACAGCUCUGCCCCUCACACGUCCCCUCCCCUCUCCCUCCCUCCCUCCUCCCCCCCCCUCACCGCCUCUACGCCCCAUGCAUGUUCUUCUCUCUCAGGCGUUGUGGUCACAUUCUUUUGA